AUAUUUUUUAUAAUGUGUGCUAUUGUUUUUAAGAAUUUUGUUUAUUUAUCUUAAAUGAAUGUUUUGUAGGCGCAAAUAUAUCAUUUGAAUGGUUAAUCUGUUUUCAGUUUGGAAUUGUUAAUAGUAAUUUGUUAAGGUUAAAUCAAGGUCUGAGGUUAAUACUUUCAUUUUUUCUACUCGACUUCCCGCUCCCUUCGAUCACGUGACUUCAUAGUUUGUGGACGAAGACAUGGCGGACAAGGAAGAUAAUGAGAAAACUAUUGCAGAAGACUUGGUUGUCACCAAGUAUAAAAUGGCAGGCGAUAUUGUUAACCGGGUCUUGAAGCAGGUUAUUGACAAGUGUGUUGAUGGUACCACUGUGCGUGAGAUUUGUGAGUACGGCGACAAGCUGCUUGCAGAGGAAACCAACCAAGUAUUCAAGAAGGAAAAAGAUUUGAAAAAAGGUAUUGCAUUUCCAACCUGUAUCUCGGUGAAUAAUUGUAUAUGCCACUUCUCACCGGUUCCAAGUGAACCAGACUAUACUCUUAAAGAUGAUGACGUAGUGAAAAUUGACCUCGGAGCGCACGUGGACGGGUUCAUCGCAGUGGUGGCACACACCAUCGUGAUCGGUGCGUCCCCUGAGCGGAAGGUGAAGGGGAAGAAGGCGGAUGUGGUCCUCGCCGCCCACUACGCUUCCCAGGCAGCAUUGAGAUUGCUGAAACCCGGCAGCGAGACAUAUGUUGUGACGGACGCUGUCCAGAAAGUUUGUGAGCAGUUCAAGUGCAAGCCUGUGGAAGGAAUGCUGAGUCAUCAGCUGAAGCAGUUCAAGAUUGAUGGGGAAAAGACGAUAAUUCAGAAUCCAAACGACGCCCAGAAGAAGGAACACGAGAAGUUUGAAUUUGCUGUUCAUGAAGUGUAUGCCAUGGAUGUUCUGGUCAGCACGGGAGAAGGUGUGGGACGAGAACUGGAUGCUAGGUGUACUAUAUACAAGAAAACUGAUGAGACGUAUCAGCUGAAGUUAAAAGCAUCUCGUAUGUUCUACAGUGAGGUAACUCACAAAUAUGGUACAAUGCCCUUCAACCUUCGUAGCUUUGAAGAUGAAAAGAAAGCCAAGAUGGGUGUUGUUGAAUGUGUCAACCAUAAGUUGAUAGAACCUUUUCAAGUACUUUUCGAAAAAGCUGGAGAGUUUGUGGCCCAUUUCAAGUUUACGGUCCUCCUAAUGCCCAACGGCCCUCACAGAAUCACUGGUCUUCAGUUCGAGCCCGAGGUGUAUGAGUCCGAACAUGCCGUGGGCGAUCCUGAGUUGAAAACGCUCCUGAACACAUCCGCCAAUCCGAAAACUGCCAAGAAGAAAAAGAAGAAAGCGGAGAAGGCCAUAGUAAAUGAAACUGCCAUUGAAGGCAACGGGACGGAAUAGCUGGUGUCUGAAGCAGUGCAAUUGAACCACCUGUAAGGAUGACUUUAAUGUUUUUAAAAUGCUUGGGACUAGGUGCAGUGAAAUCCAACAAGUACAAGUAUUGUGUGGUUUCUCGUUUUUAUAGGACUACCAGGAUUAUUUCUUCAAUGAAAUCAUUGACAUUUUAAAAUUACACAAAGUUUCAGAGAAGUACAAAUGUGUGACUUACUGACCGCCACGUAAAAAACUGAGAUGUUUCAUCCUCAGACACGUGGUCGCUUCAAGAAGCAAUCAAAAUAAGUUCUCUUGGCAUUUAAUAAAUCAUUUCUGGAACAUAUCAGAGUGAUUUGUGACUGGAACAGUUUCGUUUGUAGUUCGCUGAAAGUAACUAGUGAUUGUGAAAGUGUGAAAAUAUAUGAUGCAUCCUUGCAAUAAAUAUUUUCAUGAUGACCAUCUUGUACAUAGUUGUCUGUGUCAGGUGUCAGAAAUCAAUGGUCUUUGCACAUGUCUUAGUUGCAGUGCUUAUUGAAUAGAAUUUUUUUAUUGCUAGGUAUUUUAUUUAUUAAUAAUUGAAGCUACGCAAGGCUGCUAUUUACUGGUUUUGCAGUGUUUUUUUUUAUAAACUAAUGAUGCUCUAUAAUUUUAUUAUGUUUUAUAUUAACAAGUGCAUAAAAUACAAAAUUUCCUCUAUGAACUAGUGAUUUUUUUCAAUAUUAAUUUCGAAUGUAAGAUAAAAUUCUCUUUAAAGUGCUCUUUUUAUACAAGUAAAAAUGUUAAUGAUUGUCACAAGGUAGUGAUGUUUUCAGUAAAAAGAAACAAUGUAGAUAUAUUGUCAACGGCUAGCGCACUCACUGCCGGAGAAAUUAAUAUAAAGUAUUUUUUGAAUAUAGAACCUUCGUUAAUAUACAUUGUUAACUAUAGCAUUUUAAAAUUGCCCCAUAGAAAUCCCAUUACACCAGUCCUGCAAAAAUCUACCUAAAUAUUUUGUUUGCGUUUGUUAGAUGGAUGUAAACCUUUUAAUAAACGUAGCAUGUUUGUUGGUUGUAGUGUGACAAGGCUUUGGUGUUUAAUUUUGUGUAAUUUCAGGAAAUGACAUGAGGUAAUUUUGAUUAUACAUCUACAGAAAUGCUGUGUUUGUAAGGUUUUUUCCCUUAUAAUUCAUGCACAUAUAAAAUAGUUACCUAUAUGGUUUGUAGAUCACGGAGUUAUUGUGAUAAACUGCUCAGUAAGCUUACUAUUGUACAAUUUGUUCCAAACAAUGUAAGUUUCUGGAGAGAAAAAAAUCCACUUUGUUUCACCA